AUGUCCUUCUUCAAGCGCAAAGAAAAGAACCUCAUCCCACCUACCCCGUCAGAGCAGGCCUCCCGUAAUGACCCCCUCAACCGCAGCAGCAACAAUCGUUCGCCCAAUCCUACUCCCGUGUAUGCACGGUCAAAUGCCAGCACCUACAUUCCUAGCCGCGACGGAGACCCCUACAGCGCCCCGUACACUCCCUCAUCAACCGCUAGCCCCAACGGCGAUAGAUAUGCUAAGAAGGAUGCUGUAGGGGAUGUCUACACUCGCGGGCGAGGCAAUGUCGACAACGAUCGGAGCGAGCUGUUCUCUGGUUACAACGCCGAAAAGGCAGGUUCGGGCAGAUUCUUCAACAACGAGCCCGCUGGGCCUGGACCCUCUCCCGGGGAGGAGAAUGAGGAGGACAUCGAGGGGAUCAAGCAGCAAAUCAAGUCCACGAAACAAGACAGUCUAGCGUCUACUCGUAACGCACUCCGGCUGGCCCGGGAGGCGGAGGAGACAGCCAGGGGCACUGUUGGCAAACUCGGAACUCAAUCGGAGAAGCUCGCUAACACCGAGCGGCACCUCGAUGUCUCGAAGGGAUAUUCUCUUCGCGCGGAGGACAAGACGGAUGAGUUGAAGCAGCUGAACAGAUCUAUUUUCCGUCCUGUCAUUACGUUCAACAAAGACGCAAAACGCUCCGCGCAGGAAGCUAAAGUCCAGCAGCGCUACGAGGAGGAGCGGGAAGAGCGCGAGAAGACCAUGAUGACCGUCAGGGAGACGCAAGACCGGUUGGGUCGUGCUACAACAUAUGGUAGUCAGGGUAAUGGCGCUGUUGGAGGAAGCGGUCGGUUCAACAGGACUGGGGCGGAGCUUAACGCGAGGAAGGAACAAAGGAAGCGAUAUCAGUUCGACGCGACUGCUUCUGAUGAUGAGUUGGAGGAUGAGCUGGAUGACAAUCUGGAUGAGAUUUCAAGCAUUACCAAGAAUCUGAAGGCUCUUGGUACCGCGAUGGGCCAAGAGCUCGACUCUCAGAACAUGCAUAUUGAUAGAAUCACUGGUAAAGCGGACACACUUGACAAUGCCCUGUUUAGAAACACUCAGAAGCUGAACAAGAUAAAGUAG